CCCCUCCGAAUUUCCCAGACACGUAUGUGCAUUCUCUAUUGUGCGAGAGCAAAGGACUCUUGCGCGUAAGCCUCGCGCCACCGAAAUCUCCUUGAUCGGUUCUGGAGACUAUCGCGUCGCGUCCGCACUAAACUGAGAUACAACACUUCUCUCCAACUAAGAUCGCCAUGGGAAAAUUGUGUGCUGCAUAGAGCUUGAGAUUCAGUGCAUGCAUAAACAUCAUGGACGAGAAUAUGAUUACAUCUCAUUCCCUGGUUUCGCUGCCUCUGGCGCUGAUGGGAGUGGGGUCCGUCGUUCUCGCGCUCCUGGUGUACGGCAUAUAUCAGGUCUAUUUCCAUCCUCUGGCUAAGUAUCCUGGUCCAUGGCUUGGCAAAUUCACCGAAGCCGGGGCAGCGUAUCAUGCUGUCAAAGGAGAUUUGCAUCUACAUAUCUGGUGGUGCCACCAGAAGUAUGGGCCGGUGAUUCGAUAUACGCCGAACUUGGUGAUUUUUAACACAGCAAGUGGAAUGAAAGAUAUCUACGUCCGAGGGAAGGACCUUCGGAAAGAUGUCCACUACGGUGUUAUUCAACUCGGCACCAAGAACCUCCUCACGGUCACGAGCCCCACGGACCACGCUAGACGAAACAAGAUCAUAAGCCCUGGAUUUUCAAGCACGGCAAUGCGCGAAUUCGAGCCAAAGUUGUUGGCACAUGUCCACAAAUUCUGCAAAUCGCUGUACCGCCCGAAAUCCCAAGGCGAUUCGGACAGUUCCUGGGGAGAACCAAUGGUCAUGUCAGACUGGUGCAGCUAUUUUGCAUUUGAUGUGAUCACGGAGCUGGUAUUUGGAAAGGCGGUUAAUCUACUUGGGAGCCAGCAGCACCGAUGCACUGUGUACGACAUCACUGGGAUGAUGAAGCGACUGUCACUGUUGAUGUAUGCUCCGUACGUGUUUCUUGGUCGACUGGAUCGGAAGUUAUUCCCUGAUGAGAUGCACGGAAUGAAGCGAUAUCACCGGCUGGUGAACACUAUGAUGGCGGACGCCGCGAGCAUGUCAGGCCAUGUGUUUAGUCGAUUGACGAACGCGCGGGAUAAUAAGGUGAGCGCGGGGACUGGACCCACAUUCAGCGAUGCGGACGUCUACUCCGAGGCUGCGAUGUUGGCUGUUGCUGGGUCCGACUCCACAUCUGUCUCGCUCUGCGCCAAUCUGUUCUAUCUGGCGACCUAUCCUCACGCCUACGCCCGCCUCGCUCAGGAAAUCCGCACGACAUUUCCAACACUGGACUCAAUCCGCACAGGGCCCCUUCUUCUCCAACAGUGCCCCUAUCUGCACGCUUGCAUUAAGGAGACUCUCCGAAUCUCUCCGGCCGUAGCCGGAUGUCCCUAUCGUCGGGUCGAAAAGGGAGACACCAUAGUUGUCGACGGCCACGUGAUCCCUGAGGGCUGCAGUGUCGGUACCGGAAUCUAUAGUAUCCAUCACAAUGCAGAAUAUUUCUCGCGGCCAGAUACGUUCCUCCCGGAGAGGUGGCUGACCAGCAACGCUGAUGACUCGCUCGAGCAAGCGAGCAUCACGACAGCCGCAUAUACACCCUUUUCACAAGGGACGCGCGCCUGCGUCGGGCGACAUCUGGCACAAAUGGAGCUGCAGUUAGCGCUGGCGUGCCUGAUCUGGCAGUAUGACUUCCGCCGGGCGGAUGGCAUUGCGGGGGAGAUGGGAGCAGGCAAUCGAGACUGUGGGGAGCUCGGGCGGUCGAAUCCGCAUGAGUUUCAGCUUUAUGAUCACAUCAUCAGCCAGAAGAGGGGGCCGGUCCUUCAGUUCAGGCCGAGGGAAUUUUCUCAGUAGAAAGCAUCGGCAGGCUGAGGCGGGAAGGCACUCGGGCUCGGCAGACAAUGCGGGCUAUUCGGUUAUACCUGAAGGCAAAAGAACGGGAGCAACGGGUUGUGCCU